CCUUAAAGGUCCAGGUGAAAGCACCGCAAUCAUUUUAGGGCAGCACUAUGAGUCACGUUGGGAAGUCACUGUAGCUACCAAAAGUUGGAAUUUCACAGGCAGGUGAAAAGAUCAAAAUAAAAGAGCAACCUUUCAGAUGAUGGCAGAACAUGGAGCGCCAUGUGAUGGGCAGGACGCUGCCUAUUGUAUGAAUGGGGGCACGUGCUAUAAACUAGCCUCAAUGGAAGCGCUCUCCUGUGUGUGCAACGACUACUACAAAGGGAGCCGAUGCGAGCAGUUCCAACUCCUCAUCGGCACCUCUGACAAGGAGCAGGCCGGUUUAAUUGUUGCACUGGUCCUUGUUGCCCUCCUCAUCUUAGUGGUCUUCGCUGUUAUUGUCUACUUUACACAUAAGAUGCUGAAAGCCAAGCAACAGAGGAGUCAGAUAGAAUAUUGGAAAGUAAAACCAAGAGUAUGACAAGUUCACGUUGAUGCCCUCUUGUGACACUCACAUGGUGAGAUAUUUUUGAAUGGUGGAUAUUGUGGACACCACAUGAAGAGUAGAAGAGCUGACUUGACCAGUUUUUGUUGAUGCACGUGGAAAUAUGAGCUGGGAGUAGACAGUUUGGUAUAAUAGUGGCUUCUCUAAGGUCGAACACAGUCAGUUCCGAGACGCUCCAAUUUGUUUAGAUUUAGAUAAUAAUGUUCUCCCCUAACAAAUAAUGGAAAUAGAAUUCAUGUGUUCUAUGGUCAAACUUUCACCACCAUAAAACCUUUAUCAACUGUAAAGAAAAGGGUUUAACCCUAAUGUAAGUAGCUCACUGCUGUUAACGGUGCUCUCAACUUUAAGUUUGAUGACGAGUGAUAGGUGGUGAGUCUGUUCUCAUAAAGACUAAAUGCAGCUUUCUGAUGUACAUUCUGUUCCUUUAAUUGUAUUGUUGAAUUAGCUAUAUUGUACGUAGAAGCCAGACAGAGAUGCACAUACUGCUUGCUUUCCCACAUUUACGUACAUCAUUAUGUUGCCCCACUUUGCCAUCACACAAAAGAAUAAGCAAAACACGUGGAUUUGAUGCGCAGUGAAACUAAAAUCAGAAAGUUUUACAUGACCUCAUGUUGAUAGAAAGCUGGAUUUUAGAGUGACUUUGGGGGCAUAUUUUUCCUAAAAAUGUUGGUCGAAUUCUGCAGUGUAGCCAACUUUUGAGGUUUCACUGAACUACAAAUAAAUCACAUUUCAAUCUAUGGGCUUUGUCUGAAUGUAGUUACAAAGCUUUGUAGUACAUGUCAAAACAGUAAGUACAUUUUCAACCUGUUGCAUGUGUGACGCUGAAUAAAAAUAACUUUUGUGUCAAA